AUGGCCUCCUCUUCCCAACCUCCGGCAUCCCCUCUGCCAACUCACGGCUCCGGAUUCCCCUUACCGCGGCUCCCAUCGACGUCCGACCUGUCUAAUAACUCUCCAGACGCAGAUGCCGCGACCGCAUUAGGGGGGUUACAGUCGCAGGAACCAGGAGAACGAGAACAAGAACAAGAACAAGAACGAGAACAAGAACGAGAACAAGAACGAGAACGAGAACGAGGACGAGGACGAGAACAAGAACGAGAACGAGAACAAGAACGAGAACGAGAACAAGAACGAGAACGAGAACGUGGGAGCAGAGAUAUGGAUCCAGGGGCGCAAGGCCACAGGCGGCGGAAGAGCAGUCUCAUGAACCCGCCCAGUGUCUCUUCUAUACCUCCAAAUUCGAAUGGCACCAAGGGGAAACCAAGACGGAGCUCCAAGUCCAUCACAACAGGCGCUGACGAAGAAGACCCCAAGGUAGAACGCACCUCAGACGACAGCACGAGCGAGGAUCUGGAAUUAGACGAGCUGAGUGACGAUGGACUUCAAGAUGAUGAGGAGACGGGCCUGACAGGCAAGAUUAAGGGACGGAGGAGACAGAGCAGGAGGAAGAACACGCUGCUCGAUCAGAGGAUCGCAGGAGAUGGGCACGCCGGUGUGAAGAUCGCUAUCACGGCCGAGGAAAAGAAGGAGGCGGAUCAGAAUGUGGUGAAGAACAGCUUGAUAAAUGGGCUGUUGAUCGGGCUGUGGUAUGUCUUCUCGCUGUCGAUAUCCAUAUACAAUAAAUGGAUGUUCGACCCCAAACACCUCGAUUUCCACUUCCCGCUCUUCACAACCUGCUUCCACAUGCUCGUGCAAUUUACGCUCGCCUCUACCGUCCUCUACUUCCUGCCGCAGUUUCGGCCUCGCUAUGAUUCUCUCAGCAACCCGCAUAAUACCCACCCUGCGGACGAUGCCACCGAGCAGCACGAUGUUGACUCCAAAAAGCCGCUCAUGACGAGGAUGUUCUACUUAACGCGGCUAGGACCGUGUGGUAUGGCCACAGGUUUAGAUAUCGGGUUGGGGAACAUGAGUCUGAAGUUCAUUACCCUCACAUUCUACACUAUGUGCAAAUCUUCCUCCCUCGCCUUCGUCCUUCUCUUCGCCUUCCUCUUCCGCCUCGAAACCCCCUCCUGGCGCCUCGUCGCCAUCAUCGCCACCAUGACAGCCGGCGUAAUAAUGAUGGUCGCAGGCGAAGUCGACUUCUCCGUCCUAGGCUUCAUCCUCAUAAUCUCCGCUGCCUUCUUCUCUGGAUUUCGCUGGGGCUUGACGCAGAUUCUCCUUCUACGCAACCCCGCGACCUCCAACCCGUUCAGUUCAAUAUUCUACUUAGCGCCCAUAAUGUUUUUCUCCCUCCUACUGAUCGCUAUCCCUGUCGAGGGAUUCCCCGCCCUCGCUGAGGGAUUCGUCAUCCUUGUAGAUAAGAAAGGCCUGCUCCUCGGCCCCCUUUUACUGCUCUUCCCCGGAUGCAUCGCCUUUCUAAUGACCGCAUCAGAGUUCGCCCUCCUGCAACGCACAUCCGUCGUGACCCUCUCUAUCGCCGGCAUCUUCAAAGAGGUCGUCACCAUCUCCGCAGCCGGCCUCGUGUUCCACGACCCGCUAACCCCCAUCAACAUCUCCGGCCUGUUCGUCACCAUCGGCGCCAUCGCCGCGUACAACUGGAUCAAGAUCCGGAAGAUGCGCGACGAUGCGCGGCUGGAGGCGCACGGGAAACGGGUCGGCGUGGAGGGUGAGCGUGGAUCUUUGGACGAGGGCGACGACGAUGACGAGGAAAGCGAUGGAGAGAGGGACAAGGACUGGGGCCGGACGGGGGGCAGCUAUGUCACGUCCGACGGCGACAUCCUGCCAGACUCAUUCGGCGCGAAGAGAGGCGAGAGCUCGAACGGGAUGGUGAGAGGAGGAGAGGGAGGCAGAUCAAAUCCACAAGAACAGCCGAGGCAGCAGCAGCAGCAGCGUAUAGAGGAAGAGGCGGUGGCGUUACUAGCGACGAGUAAGAAAGAGCUAAGCGAAUGA